AUCCAUCCACAUUCCUACACUGAUACCGGCCAUGGAUUGGGUAUCCGAAUAUUGGUAGAUUCAUGGUACUUCGUCAACUUCUGGUCAAUGCAUUUGGACUAUCUUGCUUACGGUCCGUAUGCGGCUUAUAAUAAGAUGGUCACUUCGGUUGAUCAGAUUUUAGCUGGUGAACAUCCGCGAGCUAGACAGGGUCGAGAGCAGAAUAUUGAAGAAUUGAGGAACAAUUCGCGAAUGACAGCAUGGAGAAGGAAAUCAAGUGUUGUGCCGGUGAUUGUUGCAGGAGAUUUCAACUGCCCCUCACAUCUUGAUUGGACAGUUGAAAUGAAGGAUAAGCAUGGAAACUGGUCUGUAACAUGGCCGGCAACGAAAAUGAUGGCUGAUAUGAAGUUUAUCGACUCCUUCAGGGAAGUUCACCCCGAUAUUAAUGCACAACCUGGUAAGCACUUCUAA